GUGUGUGUGUGUGUGUGUGUGUGUGUGUGUGUGUGUGUGUGUGUACUCGCAUAGGUCACAUUUAAGGACAUUUUCCUGAAUACACACCAGUUAACUGGGGACCUCUUGGCAAAUGGGGACCAAAAACCACGUCCUCAUUUGUUUAGCUAUACUAUCAUGUUCAGUAUGCUAAAAAACAUCACUGGCCAAAAAAUUUCACGUGUCCCGAAAAAUGACAAAGACCUGAUUUGUGUACCAAAAGUGUGUGUGCCUCCCCCCCAGAGUGUGUAAAACGCAGCGCCCCAACAGGAAUUCAUGUGAACUGCACUUCCUUACUCUACGCACACAUUUUGAUCAGGUGAUCCAAACAAACCAAUGAAAAUCUACUUUUUUGAUUGGAUGAUCUAAACCAAUGAAAUUUUACUUUUGUACUGGAGGAAGCUUUAGGCUAAUAUUUAGCAUAACGUAAAUAUAUACAGCAUAUUUACACAUUGCUAGCAUGCCCUGGUAAUAUUAUUUCUAUCACGCAGUAAAAGUACAUCAAUAAAUAUAACAGUUUAAUAUAACUGUAGCAUGCCAACCAUAAACAUUCUGAUAAAGUACAAAAAUAAGGAACAGUAUUAGCAAAUUUACCUACGCCGAUUUAUACUUAUUUGUAAUGUUAGCAAUCACUACCAUGUAGUCUUCUUAGCAAACCACAUUCAGAUAAAACAGAAAAUUAAAAGCAACAUAUAGCAAAUAUGACUCUAAUAAUUCCAUGUAACAGGUCACCACGCAUACAUAGUAAGUAUGCGUGGCAAAUAUUGUCAUACAUUGAAAAAUAAGGAGCACUAUAUAACAAAUACGACUAUGCUAAUUCCAUACAUCAGGUUGCUAGAACCGCUAACAUGUAGCGUGCUUGGCAAACUACAUUCUGAUAUAUUAUAAAAUAAUGAGCAAUAUAUGGCUAAUAUUAAUAUGCUAAUUCCAUGUAUCAAGCCACUAUAUAUAACGCUAGCAUGUAUUAUGCGUACUAAACAUUCUGAAAGCAAAAUAAAUGUUUAUAAUACUACCUGUUUUAAGUGGAAGUCCUAUAAUUUUAAAUAGUUCUUUCGGCCGUCAUAUAUAUUACAUGUGCAAUAACAAGCGCGGAGGAAUAUUUAUGUCACACUGCGCAGUUAACAAGUGGACUAAGUGGAUUUUGCGGCUAUAAUUUGGAAAGACGUCACUUUCGCGGGGAAACAUCGGAGGAAGGAUUUCGCGCCAACAGAAUGAACUCCAUUAGGAGAAAAAGAUGUCAUCCAUUGCAGGAUGUCAAGUUGCAUAUCAGAUUAAAGUCUGAUAAGGCUGUGAUUGAAGAGCGUUAUAUUAAUGUUUAUAAAGGAAGAGGAGUGUUCAGCACGGUGGACAUUUGCAAAGGAGAUUUUGUAGUAGAAUAUAGGGGUGAACUGUUGUCGGAGAAAGAGAGUUUUAAACGAAAGAAUGGAUAUAGUGAGGCUAAAAGUGUUUUUCUCUAUGAUUUCCAAUGGAAAGGGAAGAACUGGUGUAUAGACGCAUCUCAAGAGGACAAGUCUUUAGGGAGGCUUGUCAAUGAUGAGCACAGGAAUCCAAACUGUCGAAUGAAAGUAGUAGAUGUUGAAGGAAGUCCACAUCUUUGUCUCUUUGCUGUUAGAGACAUUUUGUCAGGAGAAGAGAUUAAUUAUAAUUAUGGAGAUUCAGAUUGGCCUUGGAGAAGACAGGUGGCUGUAUCAUCCCCACCAAAAGAGAAAAGUGUCCAGAAUGACAGCCAGAUACCCCAGUUGGAGUCUGGCUACAUAGAGGCAAUGGAUGACUCGCAUGCCAAAAAAAAUAAGUCGCUAAUGGACAAACAAAUGACCCAGGCUAGUGACAGUUUUGGUGAAGUUAUGACUGCGGAGAGAAAACGGAAGACCUCUGUGGUGGCUGUAUCAUCCCCACCAAAAGAGAAAAGUGUCCAGAAUGACAGCCAGAUACCCCAGUUGGAGUCUGGCUACAUAGAGGCAAUGGAUGACUCGCAUGCCAAAAAAAAUAAGUCGCUAAUGGACAAACAAAUGACCCAGGCUAGUGACAGUUUUGGUGAAGUUAUGACUGCGGAGAGAAAACGGAAGACCUCUGUGGUGGCUGUAUCAUCCCCACCAAAAGAGAAAAGUGUCCAGAAUGACAGCCAGAUACCCCAGUUGGAGUCUGGCUACAUAGAGGCAAUGGAUGACUCGCAUGCCAAAAAAAAUAAGUCGCUAAUGGACAAACAAAUGACCCAGGCUAGUGACAGUUUUGGUGAAGUUAUGACUGCGGAGAGAAAACGGAAGACCUCUGUGGUGGCUGUAUCAUCCCCACCAAAAGAGAAAAGUGUCCAGAAUGACAGCCAGAUACCCCAGUUGGAGUCUGGCUACAUAGAGGCAAUGGAUGACUCGCAUGCCAAAAAAAAUAAGUCGCUAAUGGACAAACAAAUGACCCAGGCUAGUGACAGUUUUGGUGAAGUUAUGACUGCGGAGAGAAAACGGAAGACCUCUGUGGCAAUGGAUGACUCGCAUGCCAAAAAAAAUAAGUCGCUAAUGGACAAACAAAUGACCCAGACUAGUGACAGUUUUGGUGAAGUUAUGACUGCGGAGAGAAAACGGAAGUCGUCUAUGGCACGAUUACAGAAACUGAAAAGGCACCAUAACAAAUGUCUAGAACACUAUGUGAUGGAAGACAAUGAACGAAGGAGACUUGAAAAAGAACGGACCUUGCUAUUGUGUAAAGUUAGUCAGAUUAAUGAAAAGCUUGAAUCUGGAUCUGGAUUACCUUCUGCCUCUGAUGAAUUUGGUCACCUAUCAGCUGAUCAGGUGGAGGAGACUGUGAUGAACACUUACAGUUCAUCAGAUGUUUCUGAAUACACUGACUAUAGUGAUGUAGACUAUGUGCCAGAUAGCGACGGAAGCUCCUCUGAUGAGUCCAACCAAAGUAUUUCUCUAUCUCCCGAUGUCAAGAAAACCCAAACCAGCCAAAGAUUUCCAGAAUUAUCAAGACGAAAACAACAGAUUCACAAUGAGCCUACUAAGACCAGAAAGUCUUCUCAAUUGUUAACCCAGGAUUUCCCACAUAGUGAAGAAAGUGUUUUUGCUUGUAACUCCAUCAGUGUGCCAUCAUCUCAAAGUGUACAGGGGAAAUACACCAAGAAGCAGUACUGCUUAUUUUGUGGAAAACCAUAUUCAAAAAUAGCAAGACAUUUAGAAUCUGCCCAUAGUGAUGAGAAAGAAGUUGCAAAAGCUUUACAAUUUUCGAAGAAUUCCAGAGAACGUCACAUCCAACUUAGCAUUCUGAGGAAACGUGGAAAUUUCACUCAUAAUGUAGAUACUGUUAGAGGAGGAUCAGGAAACAUGGUGGCUUGUUAUCGUCCCACAAAGACCAGAAAAGCUAAAGAUUACAUACAUUGCCUUCACUGUCAAGGUCUGUACUCUAAGGGUACCCUUUGGAAGCAUAUUAAAAUCUGUCCACAAAAUCCAGAUCCAUCGGAAGGUGGUAAAAAAUAUGUACGAUCAUUAUGUGCAAUGUCUACACCAGUAGGUCUAGAUGUUAGCCAGAGCUUCAAGGAUGUGCUUUGCAACAUGGCAUAUAAUGAAAUUUCUGCCAUAGUUAGGAGUGAUAGAUGUAUCCUUCAGUUAGGACAGCAUUUCUUCAAUAAAAUAGGAUCAGACAAGGGCAAGCAUGAUUACAUAAGGCAGAAACUUAGAGAGAUCGGUAGACUUCUGCAGGAAGCACGAAAGUGCACACCACUGCACAACAUGGAAGAUUUUGUUAUUCCGUCCAACUUCCCUCAUGUGGUUAAAGCUGUGAAAGUAGUAGCUGGCUACAAUGAAGAAACACAUUCAUACCAAAUUCCAUCACUGGCUAUGAAACUUGGUCAUUCUCUUAAGAAAAUUGCGAGCAUUGUUGAGAGCAAUGCCACAAUUGUUGGAGAUAAUGAUCUAGCAAAAUCUGUUCGUCGUUACCUUCAAGUACAUCAAGCUAAGUGGAGUGAGUGCAUAUCUAGCUGUGCCUUAACUACACUAAGGGAAGCAAAGUGGAACACACCUCAGCUGCUGCCCUUUACUCAAGAUGUGAAACUGUUGCACUCACACCUGGAAAAAAAGCAAGAAGAAAUGCUUAGGCUACUUAAGAUUUGUCCUUCACGAGACAGCUACACUGGACUAACCAAGGUUACCCUCACGCAGGUCAUCCUUUUUAACCGGAGAAGAGAGGGUGAGGUCUCAAAAAUGCACAUGUCCAUCUUUGCAUCAAGAAACAAAAAAGAACUUCAUGAUGAUCUUGCCAUCUGCAUGUCGGACUUUGAAAGAAAACUGUGUCAACACUUUAUGCGUCUUGAGAUUAGGGGCAAGCGAGGUAGGAAGGUUCCUGUUCUUUUAAAACCUUCCAUGGUUCAUUCCAUGGAGCUCCUGAUGGAGUUCAGAGAACAAUGUGGUGUUCCAACAGAAAACCCUUUUUUGUUUGCUCGACCGGGGGCACUUUCUGCAUACCGUGGCAGGGACUGCAUACAGCAGUUUGCCAAAGAAUGUGGUGCUAAACAACCGGAAGCAUUGUCAUCCACUAAACUUCGCAAACACAUUGCCACGAUGUCCAAAGUUUUAAAUCUUGAAGAAAAUGAAGCAGACCAGUUGGCUGACUUUUUGGGCCAUGACAUCCGUGUCCACAGAGAAUAUUACCGCUUGCCUGAAGGAACACUUCAACUGGCAAAAAUGAGCAAAGUGUUAAUGGCAAUGGAAGAAGGAACUCUUUCAGAUUUCAAAGGGAAAAAAUUGGAUGAAAUUGAAAUCAACCUAGAUGAAAAAAUCGACCCAAGAACCAUUGAUGACUCAUCUAGUUCUGAGGAAGAGGAACCUGACAAACAGAAUGAUGGUCUGUCUGAAGAUUAUAGAUCUUGUGAUGUACAGAAUUUGUCUGUUGACUCUACUCAGUCUCACAGUGAAGGUGUGGAUGUUGGUCGUGGUGGCGGCAAAGCAUCAUCCAAGCGAACAUGGAAUGUUGAGGAAGUAAAAGCUGUUGAGAGACAUAUGAUGAACUUUAUCAGAAUUUGUAGAGUUCCUGGAAAGAAAGAGUGUCUUCAGUGUCUCAAUGCAGAACCUGAAGUUCUUAAAAGCAGAACAUGGACUGGGGUUAAAUUCUACAUAAAAAAUAGAAUAACAGCAUUAAAGAGAAAAGGUAUGAUGUAAUUCAAAGAACAAAAGAGUUUAUGUUAAGGUUGAAAAAUAAUAAUACAGUCUUAUUUUUUUUAGAACAGUAGAGUUGAGAGCUAUACGAAGCUUCAUAUUUUCACUCAGCCCUCACGUCUUUAUAUUUCAAACAGCAGCUAUUUUUUUAAGUUUUAAAAAAAGUUAUGACUGUUUAUGAUUUUGAAAUGUAUAUUCUUAUGUCUUGUUUAAUGAAAGAUGCCAAUUUAUACCUGUGUGUAUAUAUGUAUACCUACAUAUGUACAUAUAGGAUGGAAAAAACAAUAAAUAAAAGUUCUUGUUAGUCACAAGUUUUUGUCCCUAUUUAUCCAUUUGUAAGGAUGGAUAAUAAUAGACUGCUUAUUUUCUGCAAUAUUUCCAUUGCACAUUAACACUUUAUUUUCCUGAUCAGCUCUAUAAAUUCAUGUUUCCCGACCGUGUUAUAAAUAGCAAACAACUUACAAACUGUUCC